AUGGCAGAAGAAAAUAAGACUCUGGUGACUCAGUUUGUCCUCACAGGACUUACAGAUCGUCCAGGGCUGCAGGUGCUCCUGUUCCUGGUGUUCCUGGUCAUCUACCUCAUCACCCUGGUGGGCAACCUUGGCCUGAUGGCUCUCAUCUGGAAGGACCCCCACCUUCACACCCCCAUGUACUUAUUUCUUGGCAGUUUAGCCUUUGCAGAUGCAUGCACUUCAUCCUCUGUGACUCCUAAGAUGCUUAUCAAUUUUUUAUCAAAGAAUCAUAUGCUAUCCCUGGCUGAGUGUGCCACCCAGUUUUACUUUUUUGGUUCCAAUGCAACCACAGAAUGCUUCCUGCUGGUAGUGAUGGCCUAUGACCGCUAUGUAGCCAUAUGCAAUCCCUCGCUUUAUCCAGUGGUGAUGUCCAAUAGCUUCUGUACUCAGUUUAUAGGUAUUUCAUAUUUUAUUGGUUUUCUGCAUUCAGCGAUUCAUGUGGGUUUGCUAUUUAGAUUAACUUUCUGCAGGUCCAAUAUUAUACAUUAUUUCUACUGUGAAAUUUUGCAGCUGUUCAAAAUUUCUUGCACCAAUCCUACGGUUAAUAUACUUCUGAUUUUCAUUUUUUCAGCAUUUAUACAAGUCUUCACUUUUAUGACUCUUAUCGUCUCUUACUCCUAUAUUCUCUCUGCCAUCCUGAAAAAGAUGUCGGAGAAGAGUAGAAGCAAAGCCUUCUCCACUUGCAGUGCCCAUCUGCUCUCUGUCUUUUUGUUCUACGGCACUCUCUUCUUCAUGUUGAGUCCUAGGUCUGGAUCAGCUGCAGAUCAGGCCAAAAUGUAUUCUUUAUUUCACACAAUAAUAAUUCCUUUACUAAAUCCUUUUAUUUACAGCCUAAGGAACAAAGAGGUUAUAGAUGCCCUGAGAAGAAUUAUAAAGAAAUAA